AUGAAUCGACUUGCUCCAGUGGAAAUCACUUAUGACUGUUUAAGGUUUCUCAUCACGCACAACCCCACUAACGCACAACUUGGAAGAUUUAUAGAGGAUCUAAAGGCAUAUGGAGCUAACACCUUGGUUAGGGUUUGUGCUGCUACUUAUGACAAGGCACCAGUGGAACAAGAAGGCAUUCGGGUCCUGGAUAUGCCAUUUGAUGACGGUUCUUCCCCCCCAGAUCAAGUGGUCGACGACUGGCUGAGUCUUUUACAGACAAAGUUUCGAGAUGAGCCAGGCAGCUGUGUAGCUGUGCAUUGUGUUGCUGGACUGGGAAGAGCUCCAGUCCUGGUAGCCCUUGCUCUAAUCGAGUGUGGAAUGGAGUAUGAAGAUGCUGUUCACUUCAUAAGACUGAAGCGACGUGGAGCCUUCAACUCAAAGCAGCUGCUUUUCCUGGAAAACUACAAACCCAAACUGUGCUUGCGCUCCAAAGAUGCUAACGGACAGACAUGCACAAUACAGUAG